UUCGGACUCGUUGGCGUUCAAUACCGUACCCCCCGGGUCAUUGAACGCACUCAUUAUCACAUAAUGUCGGAUAUCUUAGUUGAGUACUUCGACCACCUUCUGAAAAGUCGUUUCGGGGAUGCAGCUGUUGCAGUUGUGCGAAGCAUGCACAUCCGCGGCUCCGUCUCUCUCAAAGACGCUGACCGCAGCCUAUCGGGAAAAAUGGGACCGCGUAAGGUCGCGGCCUGCCUGAUGUCACUUUUACGCCACAGAAUUGUGCGCUUCGUCCCGGGCGAUACUAACAAAUAUGAUAUUAACCUGGAGGGUAUGCAAAUGUUAUCCAGGAUUCCAAUAUACUGCAAGCUCUGUUUACUGUUUUACGGCGAUGCCGCAGGAGACAUCCUUCUUCCCCUUUUUGCGACUGGGACCGCAAAAGCUUCCGAAAUCCUUCGUGCUGCUCUUAUGCGUAGUGCCAAAGGCAGUAAAGAAGACUAUAGGAAAUGUGAAUUGCUGGUGGAUACUCUGGCAAUUCUCACGAAGACUGGACUUUUGCAAUGUGUUAAAUCAGUCUGUCCUACAGAGGCGGGCGAUGAGGAGCAGGAACGCCCACCCCCUGAAUCUGCCGUUUCAAAAACGGAACUUCUCGAAAAUUUACAAAAAUUCGUUUCCGCCGGCGGGAAAGUUGAGAAAUUCCGUCAAAAUCUCCCCGCCACAAAACCGCCCAGUCUUUGGGAUAUUGUGCUGGUACCGAACAUUGACACUCUGAAUGCUCUCUGGAGAGAUCGAAUCAUUGCAGAAGUUGCUGCUGAGCGUAUCGAUGAGGUGAGAGCAGUCCACACAGCCCUUGCUCUUUUUAUUUGCCCUGCCUCUGUUUAG